GGAUCUGCUUUCUUUGAUGAUCAAGUCAAAUAUGUCCACGACGGUUUCUCCGGCUCAGCGAUUGUCAAAGGAGCAAAUCCUGAACCAGAUCCCAACGUUCCUGAUCGCAGUUGGUGCUUGUUUGCGCUCUCCCAGCAUCCAGACGUCCAGUCCCGCUUACGUCAAGAACUUCUCGAGGCAUUCCCCGUGGACAAUACUCCUGAGGUAACUGUCGAAGCCUUGAAUGCAUUGCCCUAUUUUGAGGCAGUGGUAAGGGAGACGCUACGGUUCUACCCCCCUGUAGAGUUUACUGCUCGUGUGGCAGAACACGACGACGUGAUUCCUGUCGCAAAGCCAUUCGAAGGAGCUGAUGGUGUAAUGAGGGACCAUAUCCAGUAA